CCACGAAAUCCCACCGAGAAGGGAGUAUCUGUGUUUCUCCUUGGGAAACUAUUUAAACCUAUAUCUAUACAGCGAGUUAAAAAAAUGUAUAUCAAACAAUAUAAAUAUUUGUUAUUAUUGACCGUUUCAUAUUAAUUCACUGUUAUACUCCUUCCAAGCGCCGUUUGUGUUUGUCAUAACAAUACAAUAAUGAUACCUCCCUUCCCUUGUAAACAGAAUUCGCAGAACGCACCUGUCAGAGAAUUAGGGAUGGAGGAGAUACUGAACUUUGAAAGGAAACUGGAAGAUGAUUAUUACCAAAUUCUUGGAUGCGACGAGCUUUCAAACACUGAACAGAUAGUUAAAGAAUAUAAAGCAAGAGUUCUUGACUGUCAUCCAGACAAACACCCAGAAGACCCUACAGCAGCUGAGCAAUUUGCUCGUCUACAAACGGCAAAAGAAACACUUUGUGAUCCCGAGAGCCGAGCCAAGUAUGACCAAUGGCGCCAAUCUGGCAUGAUGAUGACAUAUGGUCAGUGGAAGGGGCUAAGAGAUUCUGUACACACAUCAAUGCAUUGGGGGUCUGUGAAAACCAAACCGAUGCUUGAUGACAGUCAGGGCAGUUCAUUCAGCUCACCAAAACAUGGGCAGACCACUCUGCUUGCUGUGGACUCAACAUCUGCAGCUACUGGAACACCAGCAAUGAACAGUUCUCCAGGAACAAGCCCGAAGAAAGAGGUGCCCUGGGAGAGGGACCCAGCAUCAAAUAUGCUGCGGAAGUUCAGGAACUAUGAAGUAUAACACAGCUCAAUGACUUCUUACAUAGAGCUUAUAAAAACAGUAACAGGAAUUAUCACCGGGCAGGGUGUUUUAUUUGAUGCUUGGUUUAUGGUGAAACCAUUCUGGUAAUAUUUUUCUCGUAAUCAAUGCUUCAUAUUUUAAUGACAAUACUUUUAAAACAUUAGUUCAAAAUGUCCUUUCAAAUUCUUAACCAUGAUCUUUGUCUAAGAGAAAAUCAUUGGAUGUUGUUAUUCGAGAUGUGAAUCAUGUAUACUUGGCAUAUAGUCAUGAAACAUUCAGGGUAUAUAGAGGAACAUAGUAUAUAUAUUACCCUGAACAAAAGAGGAUGGCUUAAGAUAUGAUAAUUAGUUUAUUGUGGCCACAUGUUUUGGGUUAUGAUGUAAAUUCUUUCCCAAACUAUGCUUUGAACAUUUCAGUGCUGUGAAACUUUGCAAAAGGUAUUCCAGUAUUCUCUCAGUAUUGUUAGGGAGACAGUACCGGUAAUAUGAAUACUGCUUCCCAAGAUGGUGGUUUUGACUCCUGUUUUUAUAAAACUGAAUAUUCUGACAUAAACAAUUUUAUGAUAUUCAGAGUGAUACAAGAUAAGAAUAUCAAGAUCACAUACAUUUGUAUUAUCCUGGGUGAUAGAAGUGUUAUGUAAUGUCUGGAUGACACAGUUAAAAGAAUCUGGACGAUAUUUGGUUCAUUUUAUGCUGGAGAGUGCUGACAAGGUGAAAAAGAAGUAUACUGGCAAACUUUGAAAAUACAAAUUUAAUUUUUUGUAAUAUUUGGCUAAAAUGGCCACAAAAAUCAAAUUAAGUUGUUGUGUAUUUUGGUAACACAACAAUGUUGUUAUUAAGGUUUGAAUCUCAUUGGAUGUAUUUCGAGACGGACUUGAGCACGAACACAUAUUCUCUGAUGCUUGAAAACAUAAUUAUUCAUUUUCAAUGUGUGUCAGUAUAUCAGUCUCAAUCUAGUCUUCAAUGUGUUAAAGUUGGUUAUUCAGCUACCUGUGAUAUGUAUUAAUGUCCGCAACAACAUCAUCUAUUGUAUUCAUACUGUGAGACCUGUGGUUAGUUUUAGUCUUGUCAUGCAUUUAUUAACGUUGACACAUUCCUGUUGGAUGUUCAGAAUAUUUACAUGGUUUAUUUACAAAUAUUUGGCAUGUAUUUGACAUUUAUUUUUCAUAUGUUACCAGAUGAUGUAAUUGUUUUUGUUAUGUAAAAUAUAUGAUACCAUC